AUGCACCUACGGGACGAGAUCGGGCGACUGCUCUUGUACCACGAAUUGUACGUGGCGUUGCAAUCCAAAACCACCACCUUCCCCAUCUUUGCUGCAUCAUCAUCCCCAGUCGUCGUUUCCAAAACGAGCGACGAGAAAGUUGUGGACGUGCGCAUUCAAUUGAUGAUUGCCAUGGGUUUUCCUCAACAAUGGUGCAAGCGUGCGCUGGAGUCCCGACAAGACGUCUGA